UAAACAGUACAGAAGGGGGUGGUCUGUUGCUCUUUCCACAUCACCCUCACUCUUAUGGCCACAAGGAGAACGAUGGCUGCUCUGUUAGUUUGGCUGUUCAGUGUUGGAGCUUUCUUCUUGUCCUUGAAUGCACAGGAACUCCCUGAAAUGUAUAGGAAAGGAGUAGAUCUGGCCUUAGCGAAUCUCCACUCUCUCCCUGGAAUCCAAGAUCAUUAUGUCUUCUUAAGAAGUGUCUCGAAGUCGGACUAUGAGAUGGGUUUUGAUGUAAGCUUCUUCUAUCACCACUUCUACCUUAAGCCCACCACUUGUGAAAAAGGGACCGUUGACUCCUCAGCAUGUGAGCCUAGAAACGACAGACCGCUGAUGGACUGUGCAGUCUGCUACAAAAUGUACAGAGGAGAAAUCGAACCAGAGCCCAAACCGUAUAUUCACUGCCUCCGUAAACCGGCCAUCACACAAGCAAAGACAGCAAGCAGACUGGAGCACUGCAAGAAACUGGGAUACAGCAGCGGGUCAACAGUUCUUCUGGGAUCAAGAGGCACUAAGUGAAAGUUAUGUUACAAAACAUGCAACAUUUAGUAUCUUUGUUUCUGAAAAUAUCUAAAAAACUACAAUCAGACGGGUAAAUUCUUGUCAGUCUGCACUUAACCGCUCUGUAGUUUGGUAGAUGUACGCAUGAUGUUUGCAUCUUGUCUUUUGAAAUGUUAUUAAACCAUUAUUAUAUAUUUUAUUAUUCACUCUGAGAGGCAUUUAUCACGUGAAGAACAUAUGUCAUUCAAAUGCAACCUUCCUAGCUCCCUUGCUACGUAAAUGUAUGCAUUUUUUAAAUAUUCUAAUAAACUUUGAAUCCAAAUCUUU